AUGGCGAUAUCACAAACUCCGGUCCUGGAGAUCAGUAUCAUCACCAAGGGUCUCAAGACGUUCGAGAUCAACUUCUGCAUCGCCGAUAACUUGGGACUGAGACAAAUAUCCUGUAAAAUCAUGGCACCGAUUGAUCUGGACGGCAUCUGGAAAAACGUCAAGAACGAGAAUCUGGACAAUUCCUCAAGAAAGGGAGACGUCUUCAAAAUCAUCACCAAGGGCCUCAAGACGUUCGAGACCAACUUCACCGUGGGGCAGGAGUAUACUGACAGGAACCCGCUGAACGACAAAGAGCCGAGUACGUACCUGCCGAUGUGGGACGGAGACAAGCUACGCACGGAGAAACAAGAGCCAUCCAGAUUCGAUUCACUUGUCCGUGAGUUGAUCGACGGUCAAAUGGUCCAAACACAGACCGUUGGAACAGGAGACAAAGCUGUGGUCUGCAAGAGGAUCUUUGCCAAGAAGUAG